ACGUCACAAGCUCCUAAGAUGGCGUUUUGAUGACGACGGUGAGAAGCGAGGACCCCUGCCCUUGUUCGAAAGAUACGCCAAUGCAAAACAACAAGGGUAGGCGAUGGAGCUUCCCAACUAUGCUGCUCAACUGCUUCUUCAGCUUAAUCAACAGCGCUCUAAGGGCUUCCUGUGCGAUGUCAUCAUCAUGGUUGAAAAUACACUCUUUCGAGCACAUAAAAGUGUUCUUGCCGCCACCAGCCACUACCUUAAGUCCCUUGUUCUUCAUGAUAACCUUAUCCACCUUGACCCUGAUAUGGUGGAUCCAGCUGUUUUCCAGCAAAUUCUGGAUUUCAUUUACACUGGCAAAUUGUCAGAUGAGACCUUUGAGGUUUUGAAUCUAAGCUCUUUACUUAGAACAGCUAACUAUCUCCAGCUCAAUGACCUUGCAAACCUGUGCUCUAGUAAGAUUAACCAAAAUGGAUCUGUCAACAGUGUAUAUUGUUUUGGCACCAGCUCUACAGUUAUCUAUGAAGACCACUCAUCAGACACCGAACCAUACACGUCUAUAACUCCUCCUAAAAAAAGGCAAAACGCUGAACGUAGAUGUAAUUCAAAGAACAAGCUGGACCUGGGUUUGGAUUUGUCUAAAAGAAAAACUAAUUCAAAGAAAACUGUUGCUGAUGAGUUGUCUUUGUCUAGAAGUGCCUCUAACAAUAUGCAGAUUGGUGCAAAGGGGGGGUGUUUCCCAAAGGAGGAGAAAUUGAUAAUCCCUUUAGAUGGAGCUCAGGAAAGAAAAAGAGAAAGAUCCCAAAGAAAAUCCAAUGUCAAUGGAUGCAUUCCACUGUGCAGGAUUGGAAGUCAACUAAGCCAGAAUCAGACCUUCACUUUUCAAAUGUCUGUAAAGAAAGAGGAAGGAAUUGAAGGGAAAACAGAUGAAAGUGAUGGCCAAAAUCCAAUUGGCUGCACCAAUUUUGUUUAUCAAAAGGAGACCUUUGUCAAAGACGCUGACAUAGACAACCGUUAUGUUUGUAUACCUUGUGAAAAGGGUUUUCCCUCUUCUGAGAGUCUCAAAUCCCAUGUGGAAAGUCAUUUCGAUGAUGAUCUGGAUAUCAGAGUUGAAGACGAGGAGGAAGAGGAGAGUGAUGGAGUCCCCGGAGUCACAAGAAUCUCAAAAGAAGCUCCUGAAAUCCUGGAACCAAGUCCACACAAAUCCCUCAAAGAUGUUGACCUUUUGCGUCCAUUUCCUUGUAACAUUUGUGGAAAGAUGUUCACACAGCGUGGUACUAUGACCCGCCACAUGCGCAGCCACCUCAGUCUAAAGCCCUUUGCAUGUGAAGAGUGUGGUAUGCGUUUCACCAGGCAGUACCGUCUCACUGAACACAUGCGUGUACAUUCAGGAGAGAAACCGUAUGCCUGCCAGGUUUGUGGGGGGAAAUUUACACAACAAAGAAACCUCAUUAGUCAUAUGCGGAUGCAUACCUCAACAUCUUAAAACAGUAAAGAGAGUCCCAUACUAAAUAAUAUAGAUACCAACAGUUGUCUAUUGUGCUGUGGUUUGGGUUGUCUUACUAAGGUUUACUAUACUUAAGAAUGUGUCAAAAAGUUCUAGAUUGUAUUUACAGAGGUUUUCUUGUUUGAGCUGAUGUAUGGUUUAGUUUCGGCCAAGAAUCUUCUACAAUUAUAUAACAUGUCCUCUGACUCAAAAAAGAAACUUAGCUUUUCUUUAGAUUUUAUUGACACAAUUUUUUAGAGCUCAGGCACAAAAUCUCAGCAUGAAUUUCAUUUUUUUUAAACCCUUAAACGCCAGUGUAGCUCAAAAAGAAAACCUCUGGAGAAAUUAAGAAUUGGGAUGGCAUACCCUACAGGGAAACAUUUCUGCAGACUUAAAGGGAUUGUUCACAUAAAACUGCGAAGCUGAAAACCUGUAACCACUGGCUUCCAUAGUGGGAAAAGCAAAUAAUAUGGAAGUCAGUGGUUACAGGUUUCCAGCUUUCUUUAAAAUGUUUAACAAAAGAAAGAACCUCAAAGAUUUUUAACCACUCGAGGGCGAAUAAAUAUUGGGUAUGUUUGCAGUUUUGGGUAAACUAUCCCUUUGCUGGUUUCUAAAAUCCCAAUGCUGGUUUCUGAACUCUACUGGAUCAUAUCUUUGAGUGACCAGCUUCAGAUACUCCUGCUGUGUUUUUUAUUUUUUAUUUUUUACAAUUCCAUGGCCAAAACUGACUCCUGACUUUUGUCUAUUAGGAAUCCCCUGUCAUCUAUUUAGCGGUUCAGGCACAACCACAAACCCUUUAGAAUUGAAUAAACAUUAAUUUAGAUCUUUUCUGGAGAGUUUAGCUUUUUAACUAAUCUAGAAUUCAGUUCAAGUCAAAAUUACUUUAAAAGUCUAAAUCUUUUCUGAACAGUUUUUAAGCUUCAGUCUCUCGCAAUUUGUUCCAAAUUUUUACUAAUUCAAAAAAGACGUCAGAAUAUCUUAAGGAUUAUUUGUAGCAUUCUGUUUGUGGCAUUAUUUAUCAUGUUGCCAAACCAAUUUAUCUAAAAAUAAAAUCUUUGAUUUAAUAUAGGGUUCAGUUUUACCUGGAGUUUAUUUAGAAUGCUACUUGUAUUGUUUGCUGGUCUAUUUUCACAAAUUAUUGGUGAUGUCAUUCUCAGAUAAGCAUAAAAAGGCAGCUUCAGUCUGUACCUGCUGUUUAUACCUCUUUUUUCAUACUUUUUGUAUUCUUGUGCAUGAAUUGUUUAUUGUUAUUGUUAGUGUGUAGCUAAAACUAUCAAGUUUAUCUUUUUAGCUAUUGUAGUUUUAUCAAUAAAAACAAAAAUACCUCAAAUGGCUAUUAACUGAAUCAAACUAAUUUUCCUGAUGAUACCAGUUAUUUUACAACAGACUUUGAAUACUUCUCACAUCUAAUUGAGGAAUCAUUAUAUAGUUUAUGCUUUAGAAAUGGGCUGCUGUAGUAAAUAAGUUAUCAGGGUUGUUUACUUGAAUACACAAACUGCUACCUCAAUUUAAACCAAGCUCUUUGAUGUUUGCCUGUGUGAGAUUAAGACUGCAUGUACACAAACAAGAAAACAAACUACACACUGUCUUCCAUAUUACUGUCACUCUUAAUUAGAGCAUACAAUUGCAUCUGAUCACAACAGAGGUAAAUGCUGCCUGUUUUAAUAUACACAUUUUCAGGGUUUCAGGUAAUUCUUCACUGUGGGGUUGUGAUCUAAACAGUGAACGUUUAUUGCUUGAGAAAUUAGAGUGCUUUGAUGUAUUGUUCCAAAGAAAUAUUGAAUGUUGAAUUGCUUAAGAAAUACUGGAAAACUAUAACCAAACUAUUCUUGUUAAAUAUUUAAGUGUUUAAAUAUUUAAGUUUAAUUUAUUUUUCUUUCAAUUCAUGUUUUUGUUCAUGCUUCAACCAAUGGUUAAUUAAUUUAUACAGCAUGAUGACCAUAUUUUGUAUGUGUAUUGUUCUUCUACCACUUUUUAACAUCUCUAAACAAUUUUUAGUAGAUUGCAUUCAUGUAUUAAGUGUUGAAAUGAGACCAAAAUGUUAAAAUCAAAGCUGCUGUUAAAUUUAUUUGGUUGUUUUCUGUAAUUGAUCUGUCAUUUUUGUUGUUUGUUAUAUUCAUGCAUCUUUUAAUUGUUGAGCUGUGAGAUCACUUUCUGUCUGGGUUUUGAAUAAUUUUUUAAUACACCAAAUAUGUUUUAAAAUGCUUCUAGAUUGAUGUUUU